AUGGGAAAAGAAAUCCAGCUAAGGCCGAAGGUGAACGUCUCCUCUUACGUCCACUUUCUGUUGAAUUACAGAAACAAAUUCAAGGAGCAGCAGCCGAAUUCCUACCUUGGCUUUAAAGAGUUCUCUAGAAGGUGUUCAGAAAAAUGGAGGUCCAUUUCAAAGCAUGAAAAGGCCAAAUAUGAAGCCCUGGCCAAGCUCGAUAAAGCACGAUAUCAAGAAGAGAUGAUGAACUAUGUUGGCAAGAGGAAGAAACGGAGAAAGCGCGACCCCCAGGCACCCAGACGACCUCCAUCAUCCUUCAUACUCUUCUGCAAGGAGCACUAUGCCCAGCUGAAGAGGGAAAACCCAAACUGGUCGGUAAUUCAAGUGGCCAAGGCCACAGGGAAGAUGUGGUCUGAGACGACAGAUGUGGAAAAGCAGCCGUAUGAACAGAGGGCAGCUCUCCUGAGAGCAAAGUACCAGGAAGAACUCCAAGUCUACCGUAAACACUGUAAUGCCAGGAAGAAGAGUCUUCAUAUGGCGAGGAAGCAGCGCAGAGGGAGAACAUAA